AUGGCCUACACUUUGGGCUCAGUCAUUGAGGGCCAGACACGUGGUGUAGGACCUCAGCACUGUAUCACACGGGUGGAGCUUUCUGUUACUGCUGCCAAUCUUCUGGACCGCGAUGUAGCCUCAAAGUCUGAUCCAUUUUGUGUUCUCUUCCAUGAAGUGGAUGGAAACUGGAUGGAGCUUGGCCGGACUGAAACUGCUGUCAAUAACUUGAACCCAGUUUUUGGCGUUAAGUUCCACGUGGACUACCACUUUGAAGAGAUCCAGAAGCUUCGUUUUGCCAUGUUUGAUGAAGACAAGUGUGCCACACAGCUCUAUGAACACGACUUUUUAGGAGAAUAUGUUUGCACACUUGGUGUUAUUGUAUCCAAUAAGAAACUUCACCGACCGUUAAUUUUGGCCAAUGGGAAACCAGCUGGCAAAGGAUCCAUCACUAUUACAGCACAGGAGCUGUCUGACAACAGAAUUAUCACUUUGACUCUGAGUGGGCGUAAACUGGACAAGAAGGAUUUCUUUGGGAAGUCAGACCCAUAUUUGGAAUUUCACAAACAGGGAGAAGAUGACAAAUGGAUGCUGGUGCACAGGACAGAAGUCAUAAAAAACACUUUAGAUCCCUCAUGGAAACAGUUUACCGUGCCUCUUGUUUCUCUCUGUAAUGGGGAUGUGGACAGAAACAUCAAGGUAUUGUGUUAUGACUAUGAUAAUGAUGGCGGUCAUGACUUCAUUGGAGAGUUCCAAACCACAGUGGCCAAGAUGAGUGAGGCACAGAACUCAGUGGAGGUGGAAUUUGAAUGCAUAAACCCAAAGAAACAAAAGAAGAAGAAGAAUUAUAAAAAUUCUGGUGUGAUUAUCCUAAAAUCAUGUAAGAUUACAAGAGACUACACAUUCUUGGAUUACAUACUUGGAGGAUGCCAGCUCAUGUUCACUGUUGGUAUAGAUUUCACAGCAUCCAAUGGCAGCCCUAGAGAGCCCUCUUCCCUCCAUUACAUAAACCCACUAGGAAGCAACGAGUAUCUUUCUGCAAUCUUAGCUGUUGGACAAAUCAUACAGGACUAUGACACGGACAAAAUGUUUCCUGCUCUUGGAUUUGGAGCACAACUCCCACCAGACUGGAAGGUGUCACAUGAAUUUGCAAUCAACUUUAACCCCACAAACCCUUUCUGCUUAGGUGUGGAGGGUAUUGCACAAGCAUACUCUGCCUGUCUACCCCACAUCCGUUUUUAUGGGCCAACAAACUUUGCUCCAAUCAUUAAUCAUGUAGCCCGUUUUGCUGCCCAGGCCCUACAACAAGAAAAAGCGGCGCAAUAUUUCACUCUCCUCAUCAUAACAGACGGUGUCAUCAGUGACAUGGAUGAAACACGUCAUUCUAUUGUUCAGGCAUCCAAGUUGCCCAUGUCCAUCAUUAUCAUUGGUGUGGGCAAUGCAGACUUUGCUGCUAUGGAGUUUUUAGAUGGAGACGCCAGCGUGUUAAGGUCCAACACUGGCGAAGAGGCUGUUCGAGACAUUGUGCAGUUUGUUCCCUUUCGGGAUUUUCGUAACGCACCUAAGGAAACCCUCGCCAAGUCUGUCCUGGCAGAGCUGCCUCAGCAGGUCACUCAAUACUUUAAGCAGCGGAACCUUCCACCUGCAAACCCAGCACCAGAGUGA